AUCCCCCUGUAGGUAGAGGAGGAAAUGCUGCUAUGAAUAAUUUCAAAACCUUUGGCCUCAUAAUGUGCCACUACCUUUUUUUCCAUGCUUCAAAUACUUAUCCUCAAGUGACAAAUUGGGCCGGCCCUUGCGAUCUGUCACUCCCAUCACGUAGUUGCACUUUGAUCCUGCUGCUUUCACGAGGAAGUUAAGGAAAUUUUUCUCGAAGCUGUUUGUGAGGAACACUCCCGCUAUGAGACCUGUUGGUGCCAAAUUCGUUUGAAAGAAGGGAACGAUGACACCGGAGCAGAGCUGAGGCUACAAGGUAAAACGGCAUGCAGCAGUUAUGUGAAGGUCAAGUGACAGGUUAUAUAGGAAGUGGUUUAAAAAGGAAAAAGCUGCUGAGAGCAGCACUGUGUCCUGCUCUGAAAUGUGACGUUGCUUUUACAGAAAGUGUGUAGUUGUUGCCAUGAAAGCUCCUCACCUUCAGUCAUAGCUUAAAUAUACAUAACCAAAUAAACUAGUCUUAACCACUCGAUGUGUUUAGAAAAUGUGUAUGUAGCCGCAAUAACAACCUGUCACUUAUACCAAUAUCUAACACAAACACCGAGGCUGGUUUGUGUAUUCAUGAGUCUUCAAGAUAAAUUAUUAUUCAGACUGUUUGUUAAUUUAGUCCUUGGACUUAAAGCAGUUCUUGUAAUUGAUUUACUUUAUAUUAACCUCUACGUGCUUGAUUAGUAACUCUGCGUAUAUUUAUAUUUAAUCUGUGUUUAAUUUUUAAUGGAAAAAAAAAAGCACUACCCAUGAUAACAUGGUUAUAAAUAACAAGAAAACAGGCCUCGGUGGUGUCACUUGUAUGGAAAAGCCUUGUUGUAGUUUUCUAUGCUGAACCUGUGAGAAGCAAUAAAAGCACACUGAACUGAGGAAGUGUUUCUUUGCUUAUCAAAUCAAUUUGAACUCUAAGUGCUAAGAAGAAAUCUUUUGCUCCAAGCUGUGAGAAUCUGAAAACUUUCCAACGUAAACAAAUCAUUUUGUGUUUCUUACAGGUUCAAGUGGUUUCUGUGUGAUUCCUCCCAGUCUAAAGUUUAAAGCCGGGGUAGACUGAAGAUGUUUGGGAACAGUGCCCCCUUCUCCUAUUUCCCAAAGGGCUUCACAUCGGAGGACCUCCCUCCGAGGCGGGCUUUCCAACAAGAUGAAAUUAGGGAGAGUCCGCUGAGGAGAAGUGACUCAACCAGACCCAGUGGAAGAUCUAUUUACAUACAGAGAAAGGAGUACUCGGAGACACUGAGCAAAAAUCCUGACAGCAUCAGUGUCAGAGUGGAGCAUCUUUUCACCUGUGAGAUUGAUGGCCAGGAGGUGAAGACCGUGGACGACUGCAUGGCUAAGCUCAAGAACCUGGAUGCCAAAGGUCGUCUGUGGCCUCAGGAGAUGAUCAUGGAGGUUCAGGGACCAUAUCUUCUGCUCAAUGACAUUGAGACCAAAACAGAACUGGACUUGGUACCUUUGAGCUGUAUCGUGCAAAUCAAAGCUGUGCUGGACAGCUGCGACUUCAACUCUCUGCUGGCGAUAACUGUGCAGGAACGCAGCAAACGCAACCGCCGGUGCUUCAUGUUCCAGUGUGAGGAGACUGGGGCCGAUCUGAUCAAGAGCGACCUGGAUAAGGCAGUCCAAAGAGGAGGUGGUAAUCUGGACCAACACAGAGAGCCUCCGGAUGUCAGGAAUGAAUUUGAGCCCAUGACACAACAUAGGCCGGGAAGUUUCCGUCAGACUGCGCCCCCCUUUAUGCAGGAAGAGUGGAGAGCUCCAACCCCAGACUUCAUGGCCCCAUCGUGGCGAGAGCCGGAUCAUAUGCCUUCCUCACGUCCCUAUAGUCCACAAGUAGAACCAAUGAACCAUUUAGACCCGUAUGACAUGCAUAGCAACCCAGAGAUGGACCGUGAUAAGACAGAGUCACAGAGGAACACGGACAUUUUGAACCAUGUUCUAAAUGAUCUGGAGAUCUUCGUGGGCAAAGUUACAGCUGCAGUAAACACACCUGGACAGCAAGGGGACAUGGGCAAGAAGAAGAAGACAAAGAAGAAGAAAAGCAAGAAAAAUGAGCCCUCGGGACCACCCCUCAAUCUGCCUUCUUUGGAUGAAUAUGCCUCCUUUCUUCAGAAAGUCAAAUAUGGAUUCAAUCUGCUGGCCCAACUGGACGGCAUACUGGUCAAUCCUUCUGCUCCUGAGUUUGUCCACGUGCUCUUCUCGAUUUUAAACAUGACAGUUCAUCAGUAUCCGUUUGACCUGCCUCCCAAUGUGAUCUCCCCCUUGCUGACAGACCCCGCUAUAGGCCUGCUAAAGCAAAAUGUCACCCCGGAGGAGAACCAGCUGUGGAUGUUUCUGGGAGAGUGUUGGAACAUCUCCAGGUCUCGAUGGCCGGACGAUAACGUCCCAGAUUACAUCCCAGAGUUCUAUGAUGGCUGGCAGCCCCCUCCGCCCCCUCCUCUACCAUCCCCGUCGCCUUUUCAGAACGGUCCAAUGAGCAGAAGCAACAGCCAACGCUUCCCAGGCCGACCGACGCUGCGGCAGCCAGACGAGCCUAUGGGCAACAAUCCAUGGGGUCCAUCACCUCCACCAGCACCCUCCAAUGAACCACCCCAGAGCAUGCGUGUCAUUUACAACUUCGUGGCCAGAAACAACCAAGAGCUGAGUGUUAUGAAGGGUGAGGUGGUUGAGGUGAUCCAGAAAGCAAAGCAGUGGUGGCUUGUUCGUAACGCGCGUAACCAGGAAGGGCAUAUUCCUCUGAAUGUUUUGGAGUCGUCAGGGAACCCCGGACCCAUGGACGACCUACCGUCUUCCUUCCAGCGAGAUCCUCGCGGGCCUGUCACCCUGGACAGGUCCUCCUCACCUGCAGAGGUGCAAGCCUGGCUUGAGUACAAAGGCUUCUCCAAAAUCACUGUCAGGAGCCUCGGGGUGCUGAGUGGACAACAGCUUCUGGGAAUGAAUAAACAAGAAAUAAGGACUGUGUGUCCAGAGGAGGGAGGCAAAGUCUUCUUCCAGCUGCAGGCUGUUAAGUCAGCCAUUGCACUGGCCAGUGAACCGUCAGGCAUGUACAACGGCCGCUACUAACGACCUGCGUCACUGUGCCGGCCCUUCGGAUGUUUCUCAUGUGUGCAAUUAAGGGUGUUGAAUUUAAACUGUCUGAAUUGAUUUCGCUACUUUUCCAUAAAUUAAACUGUAACGAAUGUUGAUUUGCUGUUUGAAGUGGCAAACUCGAAGAUUUUAAUUUUCAAUGAGCAUGUGCAGUGCUCGCCAUCAAAGGUAAAAGUCCAUUGAUGGAGUGGUGGGAACAGUACUCAGACGCAAAGGUGGAUGUCAGAGACAGGGGGGGUUAUCUGAUAACUGUUAUCUAAACCGGUGACAUCAUUCUGCAUCUGUGUGGUUACUGUUUGCCUAGCAACAAGUCCAAAGUGGACUGGAAAAAAUGCUUGUGGACACAAAUGAAGAACGGAGGUUUGGAGUUGUCUUUUCAGGAAACUGGACAAUGCAAUGGAGAAUUUAGCCCAUGAUGAGCCUGCUGAUUAAAACAAUGCAACAUUAAUAUAUUUGCAGGAUUAAAAACAUUGUUUUUGGUGGUGAUCUUCCUUAAUAGAACACUGUAUUAAAUUACUAUUAUUUUAAUUAAGCAUUUUCUGCUGCAGCUUGGCAUGAAAAGAAUUUAACUGGUAAAACAGUCAGUCAUCAAUUUUCUGCUACUAUUCACCCAAAAAACAAACCAAAAAAAGCCAAGAAGUCAUUUUCAUCCACAUCAAACUGUUAAAUGAGCUGCACAGCUCUUCAGUGAGGAUACUAUUUGCUUUCACUGCACCCUGCCGUUCACAGACUCGUACUGUGCAGCAUAAAGUCAGAUCACAGCUACUUACAAAAUGAUGGACCAAUUUAUUCAGUUAUUUCCUGACCAGUAAGCACAGCUGCUGCCUGAGGUAUACGAGUUUGCCACUUUCAAAGAAAUUGUCUAUAUAUAUAUAUAAAACGUAUCAAUGACAGCAAUUAAUUGUCAGUUACUCAAAUACUAGUUUAUACCGUAAUCUUGCUUUUUUGUGCUUCCAGUAAUUUCGACUUUGUAUAGUUUUUCCUGAUGAAAUAAAACGAGUACGUAUGUAAACAAUGGCUUCAUCCAGCAUUUGCCUCAUUGACUGUGUCGUGUGUGAUCAACAAAAACAUGAGAAACAAUCGUGUGUUUUGUUGUGAAAAAACUGA